AGUUCUUUCAUUUUAGCUGAAGAACGAGAAUUGUCUGCUUGUUUUUUCCCACGGUGACUGGCUGUGAGUGUGGACCACAGCCAGGAGGAAAAACAAUACAUCGUAUUCGCGGUGCGUGAAAUGUGUCGUACCGCACAUCGAUACACCGGAGUCGAGUGUUGAACGUCGACUGUGUUAUCGACCAAAACAAACCGUAGCAUCCGUGUCGUCUCGCUUGGGGAAGACACUGGGAACGCAAACUUAGCGUUAGCGGCCUACGGAACUUUGUGAGUGACGAGCUUGUCGGGGGAAAAAAUAUCCAGAAGACACGAGCUCAUCAGUUGGAGCAGUAAAAGGUGGAAGGAGCUGCAGGGACCGGAGGCUCCCUCAUCACCAUAGGGCCCUGAGAUGACAUCACAACAACCUCAGCUCCCCAAUGCUGUCAUUCCUCCCCAGCUUGCCCAGAACUCCUCUGCUCAACAGGCCCGGCCCCAUCUUCCAGCCAAUCAGCUGCAUACGGGCCAGAGCAGUGCAAAUGCCGGGUCUGUGGAACACAGAGCGCUAACAGGCAGGCCCGGCUCCUCAGGUGUGUCAGCGGCCAGCGGAGAAGUGACCAGCAGAAAUGUUUCGGCCUCCUGCUCCAACCACAGCUUAAGCAGGAGAGAUGGUGGUUUUGAGCCGUGGCCCGAGGAAGCCGUGGACAACUCCCAUGGGUUAUACUCACUCCACCGCAUGUUUGAUAUAGUUGGAGCCCAGCUAACGCACCGGGAUGUCAGGGUACUGUCGUUCCUCUUUGUUGAUGUGAUCGAUGAGUAUGAACGUGGUGGCAUCAGGAGUGGAAGGGAUUUCCUGCUGGCUCUUGAGCGCCAGGGUCGCUGUGAUGAGACCAACUUUCGGCACAUUCUCCAGCUCCUGAGGAUUAUCACCCGUCAUGAUCUUCUGCCUUAUGUCACACUCAGGAAACGACAGGCUGUGUGUCCAGAUCCUGUUGAUAAGUACCUGGAAGAGACAUCAGUGCGCUACAUUUCACCAAGAGGAACAUCGCAGAGCAAAGAUGCUGCUUCUCACAGAAGAACAGGUCCUCAGCCAGUCAUCUGCUGUUCCCCGUCAGGACCUCAUGUUGGCCCUCCCCGAACAAAGCCAGCUCCUCCUGCACCAAACCGCAAACGAAAGAGAAGUCACUCCUCCGCUGACUGCAGAGAGAAGCAAACAUGUGAUAUCCGCCUGCGGGUUCGAGCCGAGUACUGCCAGCACGAGUCUGCACUUCAGGGAAACGUAUUCUCCAACAAACAAGAGGCCGUGGAGCGACAGUUUGAACGCUUCAACCAGGCCAACACUAUCCUCAAAUCGCGAGACUUGGGCUCGAUCAUCUGCGACAUAAAGUUCUCCGAGCUCACCUAUUUAGAUGCCUUCUGGAGGGACUACAUCAAUGGAUCAUUGCUAGAAGCCCUUAAAGGGGUCUUUAUCACAGAUUCCCUUAAACAGGCUGUGGGCCACGAGGCUAUUAAACUGUUGGUGAACGUUGACGAGGAGGACUACCAGGCCGGUCGGCGCAAACUGCUUUGUAACUUGGUCACGGGUGGCGGCGGCCCACCAGGAGGUAGCAAAGACUCUGUAUCUUAGACACACGCUCUGGAGGUGGAACCGUAUGAGAGGGAGGCUGAUGUUCCUCCACGACAAGUCAUAGUUGAAAUGUGGUUUGAGGUGCCUGGAGUGUGUGUCUGAGAGGAACUAAGACUUCCAGUCACCCCAUUGAUUCCUUGAGAGCUAAGUUCAUAGGAUAUCUAUUCGGCACCCAUAUGCGUAGCAUGCAAAGUGAUUGGGAACAUUGUUAGCAAAAAGAAGUAGGCGAUGCAUACAGGUUGGCGCUACUCUGACUUCUAAGCUGUUCAUUUUCUUCAAGGAGGAGAAUGCCGAUGUCAAAUGUGGACUGACUUUGACUAAUGUCUGGUUUCUGGUAUGUUAUCUCAUUGAAACACAUUUGUUAACUCUUCACCCCUGUUCCAAAGUGUGAGUGAGUUACUUUCAAUCCACAAAACAUGCUUAACGCUGAUGAGUUACUCCCAGUGGGAGAUGUACCUUAAUGUCAAACAUGUUUGUCCUUUUUUCCAAGGUUCUUCAGGUACAGUUCAGAUCGCUUGGAUUAAACUCAAUGAGAGAGUGUUGUGUAUGUUUAUAGAAAGGUGUAGACCACAGCUGAUUUGUAUUUAGUUUGUCUCCUUGUGUCAAGCUUUUCUGUCUCACUGUCUGUUCUGCAAAGGUAGACCCCCGUCAGAGCCUAUUUAUUAUGGCUCACAUUUGGCCACUGUCAACAUGAUUUUGUCUUUGCUGUCACGUUCUCACAUGGCUCGAUCUACAGCUGUGAUUCUUGCCCACUUUGAUAUUUCAGCUUUCCAUUCACUGCCAAUAUUUAUUUACUGACCAGUCCCACGUGUCCAGUGGUAUCCAGUAAAAUAGCAAGUCGGUCACUGGUGUUCUGGAUUUGUAAAUCGGUGUCAUGCCUGUAAUGCCCACUCGCCUCCCAUUCACAUACUCACUAGUGAUGCCACUCUGAACCUUAUCAGUGACAACUGGUCAAACCGGCAUGUGGAAAUGUGCUUCCUGCUGCUGAAUAAUUCUCCUGGUUCCCCCCUACUGCCAUCUGUUGGAAGGGAGAGUAGUUUCACGUUGUGCAGGCGCAGAUGCUGGUGCUGGUUGCUUGUGAGUUGUAGUCGAUGAGGUGUAUUCCAGACAAGUGCAACUUCCUCCCCGGCACAUGGCAACUGUGGCAGUGCUGCGGUUAGUCGUCGCUGUUUUGAUAUUGGUUUGAUAAUGGUAAAGAAAUGGCACCCAGCUAUUCCUCAUAGACUCUUUCUAAAAAUGGACGUAGUCUUACGGUUACAACAUUUUUUUAACAAAAGAAAUUAAAUCAAGGCCUGAAACUAGCGAUUGAGACCGUUAACUCUUCAGGAAAACUGAUGCUAUAAAUAAAGUGACAAGUACAAGCUCACUUUACCAUUGGCUUACAUUCAAAUGGAGUAUUUGUGACCUGUGGAGUCUCCCCCCCUAGUGGCUAAAUGCUACUAUAUGGGAGUCACUUUUCAAAUAAAACAGACUAGGUCCAUUUUUAUAUCCAGUCUAUGCUAUUGCUGUACUCACUGCGAGUGUGCAGUACUGAUGAGGAUGCGGCCAGUUGAUGUGAUGUCGUCAUGGUGAUCUACCCUCCGUGAUGAUGAUCCUCUACAACUCAGCACAGAAAUCUCAAACAGUGACGUUCUUGUUUUGACACGUUUUAACACUUUUUUUUUUUUUACAGCACAGCUUGAAAUGGCAAUUAACCAAAAUGGGAACUUGCGUUCAUUUCAUUUUGGUAACCAUAAUGAAAUAGGAGGCACUAGGCCUGGCAGGUGCCUGUGAAAUGUACAUGUUGACAGUAUUACUGAUCCAUUUUCACACGUUCGUCAAAGACACACGCGUGGUGCUGUUUGAAACGUUUGCCUCACACACAGUAGCUCAGACUAAAACCACUGUUCGCUCACAUCAUCCCGACAGUAUUUCAACGUGGCAGUUACAGCGUAGUUGUGGUUCUCAGUCGAGAAAUACCUUUUGAUUUGACUGUUAAAUUUAAUGUAGGCCAUUGAACCCAAUAGACAAAUUCCAGUGGUCCUUUGCUGCGUCAGACAUCGAUGGCAUGGUGUCAUUUUUAAAAAAAAAUUCCCCCAAAAUGUGUUUUUAUAAAAUAAGAAGUAAAAGAUGAAAAGACUUGGGCAGUUUGAAAAGUCUUUAUUCAUUAUUAUGAGUAUCUUUGUUUGGAAAUGUAUGAUUAUUAAAUAUGAUAUAUCAACAACAUAAUGCUAUUUUGUGAUGAGCUGAUUUAAAACUUGUUACAAAAAGUAGAUUAGAGACUGACUGUAGAAACAGACUCUUGUCUCUAACGCUGAUGAGUUAAAUUGACGUUCUUUCUGUUGCGAGUAGACUAAAAUACACACAGGUUCAUAUUCAUAAGCAACACAUUUGAAAAGUGUGACAAAGUGCUUUCCACCUCUUACAUCUGUAUGUUUCUACUAGCUGCAUAUAAAAAUGCAUCGUUGUUUUUGCCAAAUUAUUAUUAUUUUUUUUAAUUUUGCCUCUGAUUUUUAAAAUGUAAUUGAUCUUCUGUCACGUUUCCAUCAGUUUGUUCAAAUGGAGUGAAAUGCAGCAGUUUGCUUUUAUGUUCCCCAUUAAAAAUGUUCACUGUUUGUAUUUACCAAAUAUAAUCUUCCCGCUAAAGAAGCCCUAUCUUAUUUAUGCCAUCAUACCAUCCAGGGGUACGCGCGAGAACAUACAUGUCUUGAUUGACGGGCCACUGUUACUCUGAAUUAUAUAGAGUACAGGCCUCCAUUUUAUUCAUAAGGUUGCAAGUUAGUAUCUAUUAUAUAGGUUGGUGUAUGUUAUGUUAAUGUGUAUGUUUGUCGUUCAAUGCUGCCGUCUUUUACGCAACAUUGCAUGUACCCCUUGUCACGAUCUCCACCAGAAAUCUCAUAGAAAACUCACAGUGCUAACAUUUUGUAAAUAACUAUUGGAUGUCUGGGUUUCUUACCUAAAUUUUGCAUUUCUUUCAGAAAACUGGCGAGAAGGACUGUUCAAUAAAUGAAAUGGAUGGGUUUUCGAUGAAGUCCAAAA